AUAUGGCCUAACAGUGACAAAAACACCAUUCCAGGAGAACUGACUGAUAGUUCUGCUUGUAAGAACAUAAUGCGCUUUAUUCAAUUUGAACAGGAAGAAGAUACAAAACGAAAAUUCAUGAGGAAGAAAGAUAAAAAAUUAUCAGACCUGCAACGAAUAGUAAAUAUAGAUCUUAUGCUGGAAAUGUCCACCUCUCUGGCAGCCGUAACCCCCAUCAUUGAAAGAGAAAGCGGAGGACACCACUAUGUUACCAUGACUUUGCCGGUUGAUGCAGUUGUAUUUGUUGCUCCGGAGGAAACAUGGGGAAAAGUUCGUAAACAUCUAGUUGAUGCAAUUCAUAAUCAACUAACUGAUAUGGAAAAGUGCAUUUUGAAAUACAUGAAAGGAACAUCUAUUGUGGUCCCCGAACCACUGCACUUUUUAUUACCAGGGGAGAAAAAUCUUGUAACAAUUUCAUAUCCAUCAGGAAUUCCAGAUGGUCAGCUGCAGGCCUAUAGAAAGGAGUUACAUGAUCUCUUCAAUCUGCCUCAUGACAGACCUUAUUUCAAAAGGUCUAAUGCUUAUCACUUUUCAGAUGAACCAUACAAGGACGGUUACAUUAGAAAUCCACAUGCUUAUCUCAAUCCACCUAACAUAGAGACUGGUAUGAUUUAUGUGGUCCAGGGCAUAUAUGGUUAUCAUCAUUAUAUGCAGGAUCGAAUAGAUGACAAUGGCUGGGGCUGUGCUUAUCGAUCGCUGCAGACUAUCUGCUCUUGGUUCAAACACCAAGGAUACACAGAGAGAGCCAUUCCAACACAUAGAGAAAUUCAGCAGGCUCUGGUUGAUGCUGGGGACAAACCAGCCACAUUUGUCGGAUCACGGCAGUGGAUUGGAUCUAUCGAGGUACAACUGGUACUGAACCAGCUGAUUGGUAUCACUUCAAAAAUACUAUUCGUCAGCCAAGGUUCUGAAAUGGCCUCGCAAGGACGGGAACUGGCGCAUCAUUUCCAGAGUGAAGGCACUCCAGUAAUGAUCGGGGGAGGAGUUUUGGCCCACACAAUCCUAGGAGUUGCAUGGAAUGAGGUUACAGGGCAGAUCAAAUUUCUGAUUUUAGAUCCACAUUAUACAGGGGCUGAAGAUCUCCAAGUUAUUUUGGAAAAGGGCUGGUGCGGAUGGAAGGGCCCAGACUUUUGGAGCAAGGAUGCUUACUAUAACCUAUGUCUUCCUCAACGACCAAAUAUUAUUUAAAAUACCUUGGACUCAAAGACAGUAGUAAAGUUGACUAUAAAUUUGUUAAUAAAAUGUUUAAUUUCAAAUUAAA